CUCCCCCCCCCACCCUAUUCUAUCUCCUGCAACCUUCAAGGGUUCAGGUGUCGAAGCCUAACAACUACCACUACUACCUCCAACCACCUUCCCACCUCCCCUACUAAAGGGGAUGGAGACAGAGAGACUCCAGGAAGAAGAGGAAGAUGAAAUUGAGCAGGUGAAGCCUUCCCAAGAUGAUAAAGACUGGCCCCCUCUGAAUACUAUCACCUGGAGAUCUGCACCCCCAACCCCUCCUCAUUAGGACCAAGACACAGCCCUAGGACCCCGUUCGGCCUCCAUGCUCUCCCUGCAGACAGAACUCUUCCUGGAUUUAGUAGCAGAAGCUCAGUCUAAAAGGCUGGAAGGACAGAGAGCCACCUUGCACACUCCCCCUGGCUCCCUAGCCACAGCCUCUGCCCGAGCCCAGGUUACAGAGGACAAAGACCAGCUCUACAGCACCAUCCUCAGUCACCAGUGCCAGCGUAUUGAAGCUCAGCGGUCAGACCCGCCCCUUCCACCAGGAGGGCAAGAACUCUUGGAGCUGCUGUUGAGGGUGCAGGGAGGCGGCCGAAUGGAGGAGCAAAGGUCCAGACCUCCUACACAUACCUGCUGAGCUCUCCCCUCUCCUCCUGAAGUUGGAGGUGGGGGAGUAAGGGACUGAGAACACUGCCUAAGAAUUGUCUCAGCACAGUCCUGUCUCCAGGGUACACCAGGAACUGCAGAAGGCAGCGAACACCUCAGAAUCAACUCCCACCUCCAUGCUUCUCUGUGGGGUGGUACUUAUACUGAGACCCCUAAACUCUCACCACUGAAGCAGGGACACCUGGAAUUCCUCUAGGAGAAUCAAGAUUGGGAUAUGAAGGCCAGAGAAGGAUCAGAGCAUUAUGGGGGGAAGGGGGUGAAAAGGGGAAUUCUGGUAACUUAAACCUCCCAGGAGGACACCCUUGUCCCACUUGAUCUGAAGUGCUGAGGUCAGAAUGGAAUUCAAUCUUAAGGAAUAACUGUGAGACUAUCCAGACAUCCAGACAUGUACUGCCAGAAAAAUGCCAGUAUCCCAAAGGUUUCUCUGCCCUCCUAAGAAAUUCCCAGGGGAAGUGUAAAAGGGAUAGCACCUCUGCACCCUACCCAAGAUUACUCCCAAGGUAGAGACAUCAUUGCCCCCUGAGGGGGAGCAAUUUUCAUCUUCACUCCCUCCCUACCUUCACCGAGGCCAGGACUUUGAGAGGAUAGUGUACAGUCCUGAUAAACAACUGUAGCCUCUUAGGUCUCCCCUUCCAAAUACCCAUCUUUCCCUUCAGUGAUGGGGAGAGGCUUGGAGCUGUGAGGGAAGAGAUUAGAAGCCUCAGGCCCCUUCACCCUACCAACCAUCACAUCCUUUGAAAGGACAGGAUGAAGGGGGGAGGCCCAAAGAUUGAGUGAUAGUAGGGUAUCGCACCCGCCUUCUCCUCCACCCCACCUCCCCAUAUGCUUGGUUUGAAUUUU